AUGGUUCAGUUUGAUGAUAUUCUGACUGACUUUGUGGGAUGUGAAUAUGUCGGACCAUCUUGGCGUAAUGUGACUGAAAUGAUAUAUCCUAUGUUCUUUUCUGUUGGCAUCAUGAUUCUGGCUCCACAAGCCUUCUUCAUACGUCAAUGGUUGAGUCUGCAGUUAGCAAUCAUGGAGCCUUGUGUCCUGCUGCUGUGUUACUGGUGGAUUAUCACAGAGUCUCCAAGGUGGCUGAUAUCAAAAGGAAGAAUCGAUGAAGCCGAAAGUAUUAUCAGAAGAUGUUGUAGAAUCAAUAAAGCCAAUUUUUCUGAGGAAAAAUUCUCUGAAGCUAUGAGAAACAUUGUAAAAUCAAGAAAUGAGUGUAUAGAAGCGGGAGCAACGCUAAUCACACUGAGCUUAUUUCGAUAUCCAAACAUGCGAAAGAGAACAAUAAUAUUAUUCUUCAACUGGGUGACUAUUUGUAUUGUUUAUUGUGGAAUAUCUUUUGAUACAUCUAGUCUGAAUGGUAAUCCGUACGUUAAUAUGUUCAUCUCAGGGGCUGUUGAGAUCCCAGCAGGAGUAUGUGGACUUUUUCUGAUCGAUCAUCCGAAAUUUGGACGAUGGGGAACGAUGAUCCUCGUGAUGAUCUCCGGUGGCGUAGCCUGUAUCAUUUUGGAGUUAACUGGUGUAGGUCUGUGCUCUUCUAUUGCUGGUGUAGGUGCUAUGAUAGCACCCCAAUUAAUAUUCAUGAGCACAAUAUGGGAGCCGCUUUUUUCAGUUGUGUCUGGUAUUACAUCUAUUAUAGCAGGAUUGCUUAUAAUACCACUACCUGAAACCAGGGGAAGGAAAUUACCCGACACGUUGAUGGAAGCUGAGGAUUUCGGAAAGAAGCAUAAACCGAAUUGCUCUUAUGGGGAAGUUUGA